AUGGAGACUCUGGCGGCGGCUCGCCGUGCCAAGAGAAGGAAGCUGGAGGCAGCCGAGAGCCCGGAACAGGAGAGCGAAGCAAACAUCUUGCCGCUACCAGCGACGAGUGCGCCUGAUUCCAGUCCUCCUGCAACCUUGGGAGAGGAACCCGGAGCCGGCGGAGAGGAAGAAGAUUGGGUCGACCGAAUCAGCUGCCUCCCGGACGCCAUUCUCGGUGAGGUCAUCUCUCUCCUCCCCACCAAGGAUGCCGCCCGCACCCAAAUCCUCGCCACCCGGUGGCGCCAUCUCUGGCGCUCCGCCCCUCUCAACCUCGACGGCGGUGACCUCCUCGUCACCAUCAAUGUCGUCUCCCGCAUCCUCUCUGCCCACCGUGGCCCCGGCCGCCGCUUUCGCUUCCCCGCACAACACCUACAGGACCACCCCGCCACUGUGGAUGCUUGGCUCCGAUCCCCCGCCCUCGACAGCCUCCAGGAGAUUGACUGCUUUGCGACGGAUGGGUUGAAACUGCCACCUCCGCCGGCAUCUACCUUCCGGUUCUCGUCGUCCCUUUGCGUCGCCACUUUCAGCCAUUGCCACCUCUCUGACGACAUCACCCAGUCGCUUCAGUUCCCCCGGCUCAAGAAGCUCGCACUUCAACGGGUCAUCAUUUCGGAGGAUUCCCUGCAUAGCAUCAUUGCUGCUUCUCCCGUCCUCGAGGGCUUGCUGCUUUGCAGAAUCUUUGGCUGCCGCUGUGUCAGGAUCAACUCAGCUAGCCUUACAAGCAUUGGGGUGAGUGCUGUGUAUGACGGAACAAUGACCAUCUUAGAAGAAUUCAUUGUCGAGGAUGCCCCUUGCCUUAAAAGGAUUCUGUAUCAUCGAUCACCACGAACGGGCACGGGACUACGCGUAUCAGUUAUUUCAGCACCUAAUCUGGAGACCUUGGGUUGCCUGAGUUAUGCUGAUGGGGGCUCUUCCAGGCUCGCUUUGGGCUCAACGAUUAUUGAGCCAUGCCGCAUAAAGGAAUUCUGGAUCAUUAACUCGACAAUGCCUGCAUGUACUAUCAAGAUUUUAGCAGUCUAUAUUUCUAAUCUUAGCCUGGAUGUGAUUAUUAACUUAAUGAGAUGCUUCCCAUGCUUGGAGAAGUUGUAUAUCCAGUCAUGCCAGGAUGGAGACAAGAAUUUAUGGCGCCGUAAACAUCAUAAUCUUAUCAAAGGCCUUGACAUCCGUCUCAAGACAGUUGUGUUGAAUAAGUAUUAUCGAGGCAUAAAGUCACAAGUUAACUUUGCAACAUUCUUUGUACUGAACGCAAAGAUGCUGGAGUCAAUGACAUUUCAAUGUGAAAGGUACACUGUGACUGCUAGAUUUCUUGCAGAGCAGCUCCAGCUGGAGAAAAGGGCUUCAAGAUGCGCUCGGUUUUAUUUUACUAAAAGGUGUCGCCAUGAGUUUUUGCAUAUCAAUCAUGCCCAUGAUUUGUCUAUAAGCGAUCCCUUUGAAUAUGUUGAAGCAGGGGGUGGUGCAUGCCUAUCCUUUGAGUAG